AUGGUGGUCUUGCUCGGGAGGAACCUCCCUUCGCUGCUGGCGCUCUUCAAGAAGAAGGGUGAGCCGGCGGUGAACGAGGAGAAGCGGUUGAACGUCCAGUACAAGGCUGUAGGAGACCAGCCGGACAAUGUGUUCUUCCCCAACAGCCGCCCCCAACAUCUGGAGGAGCUGCACAUCCAGGCGCAGGCGGGACUCAAGUCCUUGCAGAAUCUAGAGAAACAGAAGAAGACCAGGAAGAUCUGGGACCACAGCGAGACCAGCAGUAUCCAGUCUUCCCAGUCCACUGAGGGCGAUGAUAUUUCCAUCCGAAGCCAAGCCUCCUCGUGUGCCACAGAAGAUGCCUCCGAAGACGCCAUGUCUGUCCGCUCCGAGAUGAUCCAGAGAAAAGGCUCCACCUUCCGACCACACGAUUCCUUUCCAAAAUCAUCUGGGAAGGGAGAAAAGCGGCGGAGAGACCGGAGGACCACAGUCCUGGGGCUGCCCCAACACGUGCAGCAGGAGCUGGGCCUGAGCAACGGGCGUGACUCCACGAAACGUCCUGGCAGCAUUGCAGUCAGAGCUGGCCCGACACCGCAGCCACUGGUGAAUGGCAGCCAGUUGCCCGGCCCUGCCAUCCAGAUCCCCACUGUCGAUGGGAAGCCACUCACCACCGCCCUCCCCAAGGGGGGGGCCCGCGUCUCCCUCCAGACCCUGGAGGCCCGUUCCUCAGAGGCUGCCCUCCAGCAGCACAUCAACCGCCUCUACUAUGAUGACUCGGUGCUGGGCCACAAAACGGCAGCCAAGCUGUCUCCUCUGGCCAGGCCCAAGUCCCUGGCUGUUCCCUGGAUAACCACCCAGCCCAGUUCUCCUGAGCUGUUGAGCCCGGUCAUGUCCAUCUCGCCACAGGGCACCUACCUCUCCAAGAUUAUUCCCAAUGCCAUCAUGCCGCCCAUGGUGGAUGUCAUUGCUCUGUCCUGCAACCGGGUGCGCACCCUCAGCCGCUGCAGCCUGGCCACCGCCAGCCCAGCCCUCUCGUUGCGCUCCACGGGUCACUUCCCCGCCGCCCCCCGCAGCCGCGAGCACUCCUCCUCCAGCGACAACUGGAGCCACUCGCAGUCCACUGAGACCAUCGUCUCCAAUGCAUCCACCAUCUCCUCCCGUGGGGGCCCCAGCGGCCAGAAGGACGAGGCAGCGCCAAGCGGCAGGGACCCCCCUGCCAAUUCCAGACCAGCCAGAGCUGCCCCGGCUUCUCCCAGCCUGCUGGGGGUGCGGCUAGCAGGGAGCAGCGGCCGAGCCUCGCCCACUUACAGCACCAGCAGCAUAGCUGAGGGCUCAGACGAUGCAAGUGUGCGCAGUGACCGCUCCUCGAGCCGUAGUGUCUCACUCCGGAAGAUGAAGGCGGCCCCCUUGCCCCCCCGGAGGACCUACUCCUUGCACCAGAAGGCCCAGCAGCUGGAAGCUGAAGGGGCGCCCCGAGGAACGGGGCUGCCUCCCAAGCCGGAGCGGAGGCCCCACCGGGAAGGUGCCCAGCGCCCCAGCCUGGCCAACGAGGACGACGUCUUCUCCCCCGUCCACUUGGGUGGGACCAGCAGCCUGCAGUCCGGAAAUCUGGCCUGCUCACCAGAUCUCUCUGCCCGGAGCCCAGGGAGGGUCAGCCAGCUGCGGGAGACUGAUGGGAGCGAGGCCCAGGAGCCCGGUUCUCCCCAUCGCUUCGGCCGCACCAUGUCUCCGUCGAGCGGCUACUCCAGCCAGAGCGGCACCCCCACCCUGCACCCCAAAAGCCCCCUCUCCCACGCCGUGUCCCCGGGGAAGAAGAGGCCGCAGCCGAAGAAGCCGGAGCGCAUCUGCUCCCUACAGUCCCCAGGACCCUCGCUCUCCUCCUCCUCCCUGACCUCCCUCUCCUCCUUGGCCUCCGACCCUGCGCCCUCUGAAGGGACGGCCCCGCCCACCCCCGGCUCCCUCCUGGCCUCUCCUGGUGCCCCACGUUAUAUGGACCGCUUUGUGAUCCCUCCCCAUCCAAAAGUCCCUGCUCCCUUCUCCCCACCUCCCACCGAGCCAAAGAGCAAGGAAGGGAUGGUGGCCGCUUUGCCCCCUGGCAGCCAAGCCCGCAAGCAGCCCAGCCCUCUCACCAAGGAGGGCUCACCCCCACCGUCCCCUCCACCAGCGUACCACCCCCCUCCGCCCCCUGUGAAGAAGGCCGAGCUGAGUCCUGAGGACCCUGGAGCUGCGCUGGUUCCCUCUGAGGCUGAGCUGGGGGCUUCCACAGACCCUUUAUGGCUCCCUCCGCCCCCACCCCUGCUGGAUGAGCAGGAUCUGUCCAUGGCUGACUUCCCUCCGCCAGAUGAGGCCUGCUUCCUGCUGCCUCCCCCACUCUUGCAGACGGAGUCUGGGGAAGCGCCCUCUGUGGAGGCAGGUGCUGCAGAGGCCCCUCCAGACCCCCAAACAGCCAACCCUGCAGGGCAGGAAGACGGAACGCCUCCCUCCUUCCCCACCGUGGUGUCCGCAAACUUCCUGCAGCCAGGAAUUCUGCCCCUGCCGCCCCCAAGCACAGAGCCGUGUCUACUUCCCAACCUUUCUCCAAGUGGAGAACUGUCCGGCUCUCAGCUAGGCUCCAGGUACCCCACUGCCUCAGGGGCUGCAGUGCCCUCCAGUAUCCCCCCCCCGAUUAAGAAGCCACCCACCAGCUCCCAUCCUGACCUCAAGAAGGAGCCUGCCACACGCAGCAAGGCCGUCUCAAUGCCCAAGGAGGAUGCCAGCCUGCCCAUCGUUACACCAUCCUUGCUGCAGAUGGUCCGCCUGCGCUCAGUUGACGUGGAGGCCCACGGCCCUGGGAUCAGUCCAGCCGGGGGGCCCGUGACCUCCACAGAAUCCAGAAGAGCAAACGUGACCACAGAUGGGAAGACGGCCCCCUCAGCCCCCCAGAAGCCUCUCCGCAAGUCCCUGUCCUUGAGGGGGGGCCAGCCUGCUUCGAAAGAGGGGCUUAACCCCCUGCAUGAGGCUGUGCGCCUGAAGGCCUCCACCUUAACUUCCAGGGAAGCCAUGAGUCUCGGAAUGGCUGAGAGGAAGACCGGGAGCCGGAUGGCGCUGCCAGGCACCCCUUCUGCCUCGGCUAGCAAUGGCCCGGUGUCCCCUCUCCACAAAUCCCCUGCCUCCACCGCCAGCUUCAUCUUUGCCAAGAGCCCCAAAAAGCUGGUCAUCGAAACUGCGUCCUCGUCGGAGGCCCAGGCCAGCCUGCAGAAAAACCUGGUGGCCGAAUUGAUGACUGUCUCCAGCCAGCGAUCCACAGCGGCCCCGGGGCUUCAUCUGCAGGGCUCAGCCAAGACCCCCAAGCACCAGAAGAUCCCCCCUCCCAUUGCCAAGAAGCCUUCUCUUGGGCCGGGGCGCAGGCCCUCCCCCCAAAGCCCAAAGUCCCCCGGAGCCGAGGAACCAGCGGUCGAGGAGAGGACUAAGAAGGUGGGCUCUGGAAGCCGGACCUCUGCCUCGGAGUCUGGCGAUGGCAGCCCCCCAGCUGGGCCUGACAAGCAGUUGCGCAGGAGCCCCCCAGGACAAGACGGAAAAGAGGAGGUGGUGUGA